GAGAGGUUUUCCCCCUCCCCCAGCUAGUGAGUGCGUGAACGAGAAAGGAGGAGGGCUCUCCAGGCGAAAGCACUGCAGGCGCCAUUAUCCUCUGUUUCUCUAGUGCACCAACCUCGACGUCUUGCCUACUUCCCGGUUAUUUGCGGCCUAUAGGCUACUGCAGCACUAGGGUGUCAGUUGGUCCCGCCCAGAACACUUCAGUUCUGCCCUGCAAGGAUAUAUUUAAUAACUGAUUGGUGUGUCCCUUUAAUACGAGGAAAUGGAAACUGAACAGCCAGAGGAAACCUUUCCCAACACCGAAACCAAUGGCGAAUUUGGUAAGCGCCCUGCUGAAGAUAUGGAAGAGGAACAAGCUUUUAAAAGAUCUAGAAACACUGAUGAGAUGGUUGAAUUACGCAUUCUGCUUCAGAGCAAGAAUGCUGGGGCAGUGAUUGGAAAAGGAGGCAAGAAUAUUAAGGCUCUCCGUACAGACUACAAUGCCAGUGUUUCAGUCCCAGACAGCAGUGGCCCCGAGCGCAUAUUGAGUAUCAGUGCUGACAUUGAAACAAUUGGAGAAAUUCUGAAGAAAAUCAUCCCUACCUUGGAAGAGGGCCUGCAGUUGCCAUCACCCACUGCAACCAGCCAGCUCCCGCUCGAAUCUGAUGCUGUGGAAUGCUUAAAUUACCAACACUAUAAAGGAAGCGACUUUGACUGCGAGUUGAGACUGUUGAUUCAUCAGAGUCUGGCAGGAGGAAUUAUUGGGGUCAAAGGUGCUAAAAUCAAAGAACUUCGAGAGAACACUCAGACAACAAUCAAGCUUUUCCAGGAAUGUUGUCCUCAAUCCACUGACAGAGUCGUUCUUAUUGGAGGAAAACCUGAUAGGGUUGUAGAGUGCAUAAAGAUCAUCCUUGAUCUUAUAUCAGAGUCUCCCAUCAAAGGACGUGCUCAGCCUUAUGAUCCCAAUUUUUACGAUGAAACCUAUGAUUAUGGUGGUUUUACAAUGAUGUUUGAUGACCGCCGUGGACGUCCUGUGGGAUUUCCCAUGCGGGGAAGAGGUGGUUUUGACAGAAUGCCUCCUGGUCGGGGUGGGCGUCCCAUGCCUCCGUCCAGAAGAGAUUAUGAUGAUAUGAGCCCUCGUCGAGGACCUCCUCCACCUCCUCCUGGACGAGGUGGCCGGGGUGGUAGCAGAGCUCGGAAUCUUCCUCUUCCUCCACCACCACCACCUAGAGGGGGAGAUCUAAUGGCCUAUGACAGAAGAGGAAGACCUGGAGACCGUUAUGAUGGCAUGGUUGGUUUCAGUGCUGAUGAAACCUGGGACUCUGCCAUAGAUACAUGGAGCCCAUCAGAGUGGCAGAUGGCUUAUGAACCACAGGGUGGCUCUGGAUAUGAUUAUUCCUACGCAGGGGGUCGUGGCUCAUAUGGUGAUCUUGGUGGACCUAUUAUUACUACACAAGUAACUAUUCCCAAAGAUCUGGCUGGAUCUAUUAUUGGCAAAGGUGGUCAGCGGAUUAAACAAAUCCGUCAUGAGUCAGGAGCGUCGAUCAAAAUUGAUGAGCCUUUAGAAGGGUCCGAAGACCGGAUCAUUACCAUUACAGGAACACAGGACCAGAUACAGAAUGCACAGUACUUGCUGCAGAACAGUGUGAAGCAGUAUGCAGAUGUUGAAGGAUUCUAAUGCAAGAUAUUUUUUCUUUUUUAUAGUGUGAAGCAGUAUUCUGGAAAGUUUUUCUAAGACUAGUGAAGAACUGAAGGAGUCCUGCAUCUUUUUUUUUUUAUCUGCUUCUGUUUAAAAAGCCAACAUUCCUCUGCUUCAUAGGUGUUCUGCAUUUGAGGUGUAGUGAAAUCUUUGCUGUUCACCAGAUGUAAUGUUUUAGUUCCUUACAAACAGGGGUGGGGGGUGGGGGAGGGUGUGCAAAAACUAACAUUGAAAUUUUGAAACAGCAGCAGAGUGAGUGAAUUUUAAUUUUUGUUCAUUGUUGGUGGUUUAAAAAAAAAAUCCCCCCAUGUAAUUAUUGUGAACACUUUGUGAUCACUGUAACAUUUGGGGGGGUGGGACAGGGAGGAAAAGUAACAAUAGUCCAUAUGUCCCUGGCAUCUAUUCAGAGCAGUGUGCAGAAUGUAAUGCUCUUUUGUAAGAAACGUUUUAUGAUUUUUAAAAUAAAUUUAGUGAACCUAUUUUUGGUGGUCAUUUUUUUUUUAAGACGGUCAUUUUUCAAAUGGCUGAAUUCCCCCCAACCUGCCCCCAAACUAAACACUAAGUUUAAUUUUCAGUCCUCUGUUGGAUAUAAAUAAAUGCAUCUCUUCUUGGACUUAGGCGAAAUGUCUUAACACAUUCAGUUCUGGUGAUUUCUUAAGUGAUUUGAAAGUCCAUUGCUUGGGAGGAAAUUCCACCACACAUUCAUGCUUAUAAUAAGCUGGGGAUUUUUGUUUGUUUUUGCAAAUGCUUGCCCCUACUUUGCAACGAUUUUCUGUUUGUAAUUGUGAAGAACCAAGGUGGGGAGCAAUACAACAGAUGGAGUAGUUGGUAUAAGUAUAUACCAGAAGCUUAAUGGCAGCAAGUUUUAUUAAUCAGAAUAAUACUUGGUUAUGGAAGUGACUGAUGCUAAAUAAAUUGAUUAUUUUUUAUUAGAUAAUUUCUCACCUAUAGACUAAACUGUCAGCUUGGUAGUGUCUAUUAGUUAAACUUUGUAAAAUAUAUAUAUAUAUUCUUGUUUUUCCAUUGUAUGCAAAUUGAAAGAAAAAGAUGUACCAUUUCUCUGUUGUAUGUUGGAUUAUGUAGGAAAUGUUUGUGAACAAUUCAAAAAAGAUGAAAAAAGUUCCUGUGGAUGUUUUGUGUAGUAUCUUGGCAUUUGUAUUGAUAGUUAAAAGUUCACUUCCAAAUAAAACUCCCAAAAUGCUAGAUUUGAUGUGUGCCCAAUUCGAACAAAGGUUGAUUGACACCUGUAAAAUUUGUUAAAACAUUCCUCUUGUAAGGAAAUACAAUAAUCUUAAAUUAUGUAUUUUUCGUGUGAAGUGUUUUUCUAGCAUUUAUAAAUCAGAUAUGAUAGGGGUGUUAAGUUAAAAAUUACAGUAGUUGGGCUCUUAGUUUUAAAGGGAAGUCCAGCAUAAUGAGAGCUGAGUCAUUCCAAUUCUACAAGUCCUCGUAUUCUCACGUUACGUGUGAGCUGCUUUGAGUUUCUUAGGUUUAACUUUAAAAUAGUUCCAGUUUGUUGUGAGAGUGUUUAUAGAUAAAUGUAAACUAUUUUUUUCUGGUUCUUGGCUGGUAAAUCCUUAAAAUGCUACCUAUUAACUUCCAACUGUCCAGAAAGCCUGAGAACAACUCAGCAAUUACAUGGAAGAGAAUUCAUGGAUGCAAUUCUGUUUAAGUUUAGAAAAGAGACUUGUGUAUGAUAGAAGAAGGUGAAGUGAACAGAAUUUUCUGAACUAUGUAUGACUAGUGCACACAAAGGUGUUUAACAUUUCAGUGAUACCCCUUUUAGUUUAGGGACGGAGCUGGGGUGUUCUCUUGCUAAGUGACAGUGAUAUCACAGCAUCACUUAAAAUGCUAUCUGUGAUAAGGUUUCCCCAAAGGUGAAAUUAGUCUGAAUUGCCACUUGGGUGUUAGUUUCCCUCUUGGGUAUUUUAAGUAUGGGUAAGUUUGGGUUGCAUAGUGUCAGUAUAGUGUACUCAUGCUGAAAUGUGCCCCUCCCCUAGAGAAAAACUGUUGGUAAUGACAUUUUAGUCAAAUUGUUACUUCUGUUGGAGGAAAGUAUCCCUGGAGAGAACACUGGCUUUCAAAGUUUUCGUUUGUCAUUCAAAAAUUAGUUGUGUAGGGACUUCCUGGGGGUCCAGUGGUUAAGACUCCCCAUUCCAAUGCAGGAGGUGCGGGUUCUGUCCCUGGUUGGGGAGCUGGGAUCCCACAUGCCUUGCAGCCAGAGAACCAAAAAGCAAAAGCAUUAUUGUAACAAGUUCAAUAAAGACUUUAAAAUGGUCCACAUCAAAAAACUUUAAAAAAUUAGUUACGUAAAUAGACUCUUGGCUGAAAGUUUUUAUUUUUGCCUUUUAAAAAUCAGGCCUUGAAGCAAUGUACUAAAAAAAAACUAUCUGAUGUUGGUAAAUUGGGGAUACAACUUUGGAGGGAGGGGCCUUUUUCAUUUCCACUCUUACCUGGUAAAUGGUGUCUGAACAUAGGCUGGCAAUUUGAGAAAAUUCUCUGAAGUAAGCUUAAAAUUCACUGAACAAAUGGAAUUUUGAACCUAUUUUGUAAAAAGUAAAUACUAGGCUGAUUUAUUGAAGUUUUAAAAGUUUAAAUGUAGUUUCAAAAAUGUUUUCAGCUUAACUUUUUGAAAAUCAACUGAUAGGCAAACAAUGUGGGAAACCAGAUUGCACCAAAGUUUUUUCAGGAGCGAGGAAAGGAAUUUAAAUCUUUUCUCUACUAUUCAAAUGUUAAUAGUUUGCAUAAUGAAACUGAUAAUAAAGUACUUGAAUUUUA